AUGCAGAAAAUAUCUGUUGAAGAUACCGUGACCGCGCUCUCUAACGUCAGCGAGCAACGGAACAAUUGUCAUCGGUCAUGGUGGAAAGACAAAGGUCUAAGAGAGCUGAACCUACGGCUGCUUGCCGUGUUUAUAUCACCAGUAAUGAUUGGCUAUGAUGGAGCCUUGAUUGGAGGACUCUUAACGGUUCCGCAAUGUAGGCACAAAACUGGGAUUGGCAUUACAAAUCUCGGAUUCAGCCCAAAAGAUACCAAUCUGACUGGAAUCAUGGUUGCGGGCUACUCAAUCGGCGGUGCUAUCAUGUUCUGGGCAGUAAGCUGGGCUGGAGAUAUUAUAGGUCGACGGAGAGUUAUAAUGCUAGGUGACAUUAUAAUGAUUGCUACAGGCAAGGCACCCUCAUUUCAAGCCUUCAGUGGCAUAGCUGACUGCCUCGUUAUCCAGCGCUUGGACAGACAUUCUGCUACAAAGCACGCCUCUACAUUCUGA